AUGAAAGGUCUCUGCCUGUGGUUAGCUCUGUUGACCUGCCUCGUGGUGAAAGUCUAUGGCAAGAUCUUCAAUCGUUGUGAACUGGCAACAGUAUUACGACGCUGGGGAAUGGAGGGGCACGAGGGCUACAGUUUGGAUGACUGGGUCUGUUUGGCAUAUUUUGCGAGCGGUUUCAACACAGCUAAGGUGACCCAAAACAUUGAUGGUACUUCAGAAUAUGGCCUUUUCCAAAUCAACAGUCGCUCCUGGUGUACUGACCACCGCAGCACGUCAAGGAACCUCUGCAGCUUAGCUUGUCGUGAUUUGGUGGGCGAUGAAAUCAUCGAUGAUAUAAUUUGUGUCAAGAGAGCUGCAGCAGGUCCAGAUGGUUUGGAAGCCUGGAAUGGCUGGCGAAAUCAUUGCCGUGGAAAAAACUUACAUUACUGGACAGCUACUUGUAAACUGUGAAUUUAUUGUACCACCA